UAUCAAAAUAUUUUUAAAAAAUUAAAAAUAUAUUAAUUUAAAACAAAUAAACAAAUAUUUUUAAAAUACAAAAUAACCUAUAUCUAAAUUAUAGAACCAAGAACACCCCCCGCAGGAAAGAAAAGUUGUGAAAAAAAAUUCUAAUUUCGGAUUGGUAAUUUAACAUUGGGAUAAAUGUAUUACAAGUACACUCAUAUUUAGUAUCUCUCUCCUUUUUUUGUCAUUUGAGUAAAUUAACUUUUUUAAAACCACUAAUCAAGUAUUUUUCGUCCAGUUUUUAUUAAUUGUUUCAUCAUUUGAUGUGUUCUUUACCUCCACGCUAUUAAACUAUAAUUCUUCUCUUUCACCCUUGGAGGGAACCUUCCCUCCCAAAUUAUUUUCCCUACAUGGCACGAUUGAGAAGAUUAUUUUUAUAGAAUUUUUCCAAGAACAAGGGUGUUAUUGAAGAGGAUAAGGAGGAAGGAAAGUCAACAUCAACAACAAGAUGAGAUACCUUAGCCCAAGUUUUGAUUUAUAUUUGUUACAGAAAAAUAAUGAAUGCUAAGGAAAGGAAAGAUACAUUGGACAGACAGACAAGGUAUCUCUUUCUUUUCUCCAACUGUGGAAGAGGUUUGAUCACUAAGCAAUGCCUCUCUCUCUCUCUCUCUCUCUAAGAGUCUCCAUCUUCUUUUAUCCUUCUUUCCCUUCCAAGUUCCAACAUUCCCUCAACAGAACGAAGCCAUACCAACUUCCUCAAAAGACAUCUUUUUCUCAUCCUUCCACUCUUUCUCUCUCCCCCUUCUGAGGAGUCAAAAGAAGAGAACCAAAUGUGGCAAAAACAGCCCAGUAAAUCAUCCUUUAGAGAAUCUCUCAAAGCUCUUGAAGCUGAUAUACAACAUGCCAAUGCGAUGGCGGCUGCUCUCCCAGGAGAUUGUGGUGGGAACUGUGUGCAAAUGAGGUUGUCAUAUAGCUCCUUUGCCCCCUUAAUCUUGUUUUUGGUGGAAUGGAUGGACUAUAGUUGUACAGAUGCCCUCCCUAGUUAUUUAGGCCUUCUCCACAUACUUGUAUAUAAGGUAUAUGUUGAUGGAAUGCCAUCGUUGUCCUCCAAAGAAAAAAAGGCCAGUUUAAGGGAAUUUUAUGCUAUCAUAUACCCUUCUCUGAGACAGCUUGAAGGUGAGUUUAUUGAAGUGGAAGAUAACCAUAAGAGAAGCAGCACUGAUGUUUUGAGCAGAAAGAGAAUGGAAGACCAGAGGAAGCUAUCUGAAAGCGAUUUUGAGAGAGACGAAGAGUGUGGGAUAUGCAUGGAAAAUAGUGCAAAGAUGGUAUUGCCCAACUGUGGGCACUCCUUGUGCAUCAGCUGCUUCCAUGACUGGAAUGUGAGAUCUCAGUCCUGCCCUUUUUGCCGUGGCAGCCUAAAGAGAAUGAGCUGUACAGAUUUAUGGGUUCUCAUUAGUAAUGAUGAUGUUAUCGAUACAGAUGCUCUUGCCGGGGAGAAUCUAAGGCGUUUCUACCUUUACAUGGACAACCUGCCUUUUCUAGUGCCUGAGACUCAAGCGAUUCUGUUUGAUUACAUGAUCUGAUUUGCAGAAAAAGAAUGCAGUGAUCAUACAGACUGCCAGCCAUUAUUGUACAUACUAGUAUACGAUGGAGUAGUUCGAUCUCAUCCACCAUGUGGCUGGUUAAAAAUGACGUUUCAGUGGUAGCUGUAUGUGAUCAACUAAAUUGCUGGAUGCUUCCCCAUGAGUUAUGAAUCAGGUGGCAAGCAGGUGAUUUGAGAACUCAAGAAACAUCAUUGGUGGCCGCCACAACAUGGAAGGUUAAGCCCUGCAUGUAUAUGGGAUGAGCAAUACAUGUAAUUAGUAAAUGCGAAUAGAAAAGAUAAGCAUGGCAUUCAACUCAGCUUUUUGGAACCUGAGUGUUGGAAAUGAAGAAAGCAUAGAAACUUAUUGCUUGUGUGAUUACUUGGCCUAUGUUUACCACGCUGUGUUAGUACGGCAAAUAUCAUGGAUCAAAUAUAUGAUAUAUGACAUGUUCCUUGCUAUCA